CUGAGCACAGUCGAGCGGUGCUCGUCUCAAAACGAGGCUGCAACGUCAUGAGAAAACGCAAAACCUCACCCAGAGAGAAGCGACAGACCGAGCGACUAGAGGCGCUAACAGAUUGGAGCUACGGAGGAUAACUGGUGACACCAGACACAGCGAAUGAUGCGUGAAUACAAGUUAGUCGUCCUGGGCUCUGGAGGCGUGGGCAAGUCUGCUCUGACUGUACAGUUUGUUCAGGGGAUUUUCGUGGAGAAAUAUGACCCGACAAUAGAAGACUCGUACAGAAAGCAAGUGGAGGUGGACGGGCAGCAGUGUAUGCUGGAAAUUCUGGACACUGCAGGGACGGAACAAUUCACAGCCAUGAGAGAUCUGUACAUGAAGAAUGGCCAGGGCUUUGCGCUAGUGUACUCCAUCACAGCCCAGUCCACCUUCAACGAUCUGCAAGACCUACGAGAACAGAUCCUCCGAGUCAAAGACACUGACGAUGUUCCGAUGAUUCUGGUGGGUAAUAAAUGUGAUCUGGAGGAUGAGCGUGUUGUGGGGAAGGAACAGGGACAGAACCUGGCCAGACAGUGGAGCAGCUGUGCUUUCCUGGAGUCCUCUGCAAAGUCCAAGAUCAACGUCAACGAGAUCUUCUAUGACCUGGUCAGGCAAAUCAACAGGAAAACCCCAGUACCUGGGAAGACACGCAAAAAGUCCAACUGUCAGCUCCUCUAAUACACAGCCGCUCUGUCGCACUGAGCCAGGUCUGAUUUGCUGCUGUCUCUCUCAGCAGUGCCAGCAUUCCGACGUGACUAAAACCUAACAUGGAAUGGACUUUCCUGUGUGGUGACGCCCCCUUUAACACCCAACAACCAACAAACAAACCGACCAACGGAUUCAACGCUACAAAUACAUCAGUUUUUACACACAGAUUAACCAUUAUCACUCUCCAGUGUCACGAGAACUAAGAUUUCUACUUACAAAUAUAGAUAUUCCAACUGAAAUGGAAAAAUUAAGUUCAUAAAAUAAUAAAGUAAAACGAAAUAGGUAAAUCAGUCAAUAUGAACCGAAAUAAAAAUCCCGAUCCCCUUACACACAGUGUUAUUGCUAACGGAGACAGUAGCCGUAGAAACGGAAUGUCUAGCCAGAAUGUGCACGUUGCCACGGUGAUGCGGUAUUUAUAAGCACCUCUAUAUUAGCCAGAGAGAAAAAGACAAAGUCCCCCAAAGAGGCACCUAUAUAGUUCAGUUCAUACAGAUAACUUGCUCCUGGGGGUUUAUUUUCGAACUUUUUAUUUUUAUUUUCCUUCGAUCAUUCAACAUCAUUUCUCUGUCUUUUUCUGUCUUUUUUUUAAUUAUUUUUUUUAAAUGACUAGUUUUGUCUCUACUGAGAGAUGCUAUACUGCGACAGCUAUUGAUGUGAGUUUUAUUUGAGGAGUAAACCUGUGGCUACGACAGUGAUUAUUAUUCUUAUUAUUCUUAUUAUAUGUGAGUUUCAUUUGAGGAGUAAACCUGUGGAUACAACAGUGAUGAUUAUGUGUGUAAAAAGAGAAAAAAAAGUAUAAUGUUUUUUUCAGUAACUAUCAUAUUGUCUUUUAGCCUGAUGAUGUUGCCUUCAAAUAGGGUUUUUUUUUCUUUUUUCUGGAGAAUCCAACUAUGAUCCAAUCAUCUUUCUUUUCUGGAGAAUCUAACUAUGAUCCAAUCGUCUUUCUUUUCUGGAGAAUCUAACUAUGAUCCAAUCAUCCUUCUAUGUCUUGCCUGGGUUUUCUUCCGUCUGAAAUGGCACCCAAGUGUAUUAUAUUUGACCAGAGCCCAAUGGUUUCCCUAUUGGUUUCCCUAUGGGUGUCCCUAUUGGUUGUCCCUAUUGGUUUUCCCUAUGGGUUUCCCUAUGGGUUUCCCUAUGGGUUUCCAUAUUGGUUUUCCCUAUUGGUUUUCCCUAUGGGUUUCCCUAUGGGUUUCCCUAUUGGUUUUUCUAUGGGUGUCCCUAUUGGUUUCCCUAUUGGUUUCCCCUAUUGGUUUCCCUAUUGGUUUUUCUAUGGGUUUCCCUAUUGGUUUCCCUAUUGGUUUCCCCUAUUGGUUUCCCUAUUGGUUUUCCCUAUUGGUUUCCCUAUGGGCCCUGGUCAAAAGUAGUACACUAUAUAAGGAAUUAAGAUGCAAUUUUGGAGGCAGCCCUUGUGUUGUUUACAAAGAUGUUUGUACAGUGGGGUUUUUCAAUUGGGGUUGUGGUCAAAGAGGGACUGGACAUUUUAACAAGCGACCAAACUUCUGAGACACCAAUGGCCGACGUGACUGGGCGAUCCUCAUCAUGUUUUUUUUGUUUUUUUAAACUUUAUCCUUCCAAGGCCGUCUCUCAUUGGUUGGUUUGUCCAGUUAGCCAAUCCCCUCUCAUGGAAUCUGCGAUCUACAACAGGAAGUAUAGAUUUUCUUUUUUUUUUUAUGAGGGUUUUUAAUACGAAAAAAAUAAAUAAAAUAAUGUCAUUGGU